AUGAGACGAGUGAUAUCGCUGGAUUCUACUGGCACCCUCUUAAACAUAUCCAAAUCAGUUGGACACCAGUACCUCCGAAUCUUAGAUAGCUUCUUUCCCGGUUCCCUCUCUGCCCAAGAUAAAACACUCCUGACUAAAGAAUUCAAUGUAAACAUGCCCCUACAUUACAAGGAGGCUCUCAAGAAGAAUCCCAAUUUUGGACAUGGUAGUAUAGGGGUUUAUGAAUGGUGGAAAGGGCUAGUUCGGCAGCUCUACCUGUCCUCUCACAUCGACAUGAAGGAUUACCAGUUUUCUCUUCUCUUUGACGACACUUACAAUCAGUUCAGGACGACAAACUGUUGGGACAUGUACCCGGAAACAAUCCCAGUUCUUGAGGAGAUCCAGGCUCGUGGUAUUGAUGUGGUGGUUACCAGUGAUUUCGAUGUGGGUCUUGUGAAUAUUCUCCGACAACACGGACUGUUUAAACCUGAUGACAUCUCCAGCUCUCUUGUCAAAGAGGUGAUCACCUCCUAUGAGCAGGGUCUUGCUAAGCCGGACCUUCUCAAGUUGGUGAAAGAGAAAUGGGACAUUACUGUGCACGUGGGGGACAGUUACGAGAGAGAUGUGGUGGGGGCUGAGAAAAUAGGGGUGUUGCCCAUUUUUGUAGAUAGGGGGAACAGUGGCAUUUGUAAACUUCACCCUUCCGUUCAGACGUUAUCAGGGAUUUUAGAUUAUAUCAAGUGACACAUUGUGGGUUUUCAGAGCUUAAAGGGUUUUUAUAUGAUUUGAAUGUGAUCGAGCUUCAUUUUCAAGCACAUCCAUAAAUACCCCAAUAGUUAACUUUGAAUUUCCUAUGAAUAGUCUGUACAAUGAUUUGGUGUAUAAAUGUAUGGUUAUUAAGCAUAAUUUCAUUGAAGUCAAUUUAUGA